CGGCCCCUGACAUGUUGAUUUUGUUCUGUAGAACGACUACCUUGUUGACUUGGUCACUCACGGACACAGGUCGAACCGUUGUUGUAAUAUAUAUGUUGUCCUCAACGUUAGUGCAAAGUCCAGUACAUUAAAGCCUCCCACACGUCUACCUGUUGCAGGGGAUACAGAUAAAGAUGGCAACGUCCUAUUUCUAUGCCGUCUGCCUGGUAACGGCAAUGUGGGCUGCAGGUGUUUUACCUGAAUCUACACGGGCAUUCAGCUGCCCGGGUCAACCAGGUCACUGGCACGUUGACUGCCCUGUCAACUGUACAUGCCAAGAGGUCUGCAAUACCUACCUCCGUCGCUGGGUGAAGCAGGUGUCUUGUGUGUCUCACACCACGCUCCACGAAAUUACGUUCCCACCAACAACACAGGACAUAUCCAUCAGCAACGUGGCUGGAAUAACGACCAUUCCUGCAAAUCUAUUCUCAGGCCUAACCGACGUUCUCUCCGUAGAUAUCUACAACGUCUCCAUGUCAGAAUCGCCACCUGCCAACCUCCUGAGUGAGCUCCAGGGGCUGCGCACUCUGAGGCUGGUGUCGGUCAGACCUGUCAAUUUGAAGAUGUUCUCUAAUCUGAGGCAACUCAAUCAGCUCGAUCUCCACAACAAUGACCUACAGAACGUCCAGGUGCAAGCCGGUGUGUUCCACACCCUCACCAGCCUUACGCACCUCCAUCUGGAGGCCAACUCCUUGACUUACCUGGAACCAGGCUGGUUCCAUGAUACUGUCAACCUACAGGCCAUCAGUGUCAGUGACAAUAACAUCCAUUACAUAGACAACAACACAUUCCAGUAUCUGAGUCAGCUUAGUGAACUGAAUCUGCAGAAAAACCCCCUUGUUCGUGUAGAGAUGAACGCAUUCCAUAAACUAAACAACUUGAGAUCCAUCUAUGUGGACAGGAGCCAACUGGACACCGUUGGUCCUGUUCUGAUCUAUGCCCAGCUCCCCGAACUGACCAACCUGUAUCUACAAACUUCCCGUCAUUAUUGGAAGCACGUCACCACUUUCAACCAGACCUGGUACUUCCGAGGCUGUCCCCCGGGGUACUGCGUGAACUCGCUGUCCUGUUCGGUAUCCCGGAAUACCCCAUGGUGUGUCUGUACGAAGGAGUAUGAGGGGGACCGCUGUGACGUACAGAGGAUUUCGCGGGGUGAAUUUCUCGGUAUCUUCGUGAGCGCCAUGGUUCUUGUGGGGAUCUCUGUGGUGAUCAUCCUAGUUAAUGUGGGGCGCGUGGUGGCGCGGUCCUGCAAGCUGCCGCGCUUCAGGAAACUACAAGAAACUCCGCAACCCUCAGCGAGCCCCAUGCCACAGAUGACGUGAACACAUAACUCAUACUCACUGGAAAUCUCAGGCAGUGAUGUAAAAUACUUGAAGUAAAACCCCGUGUAAGCGUUAGCUUUUCGGAUUUUCUGACCCCUGUCGGCACUUGAAGAACAUCAACGAUAUUAAGUGCCAGUGCAUGAAAUGUGAACUAUGAAAAGAAAAAACGAGCACAAAUCUAACGUAGAGCGAUACCGCCACAAACCUGUCAGCAAGCAACAAACCAAACACGGACUGGCAUUAUAGUUAUUCUAUAUCAAAUGGAAAAUAGACAAAGACACAGGCACUAUUCGAAUUCUAAAACUUAUCACAACAUUAUAAAACACAAUAUCUAGUCAAAAUCAGAUGGAAGAAAGCAAAUGACUAGUAAUUGAACUAGAUAACGUAACUGUCGUUGUGCAGUAUAAUCCUACCACCACACUAACGACAGCCUGAUCAUUCCUGACGCCUACUUAGCGGUACAUGCAAAAGGUAUCAUGGUAAUCCGCUUUGCUGAAAUAUCCUUAAUAAGUUUGAUAUUCAAAUAUCUAAAAGCAUGUCGGACUAAUCCACAAUUCCAUACUUGAUACAUAGUUUUUUUUCUCCUAACUUAAUUCGUUAGCAUAAUUUCAUGUCACAUGCAUCACUUACUCAAGAAGAAUUAAACAGUCCAGCCCCAGCUAGGCAAUCUUCUCAUCAACAUUGUUUGUCAUUACGUGAAUAAUUAGGUGGAAAUGGGAUGAAAAAGUACUACUAGUAGGAGUUUGUGGGACCCUUGAUUGUAUUGAUAGGACUGAAAAUACGCUAGAUGAAUGUAGAUAGAAGCUCUGGUGAAGGGAGAGAAUCGAAAUAUUCAUAGGGGGUAGCUUUACCCUGAACAAAGUUUAGAUGGCUAUAAGUGACGGAAUAUCAUCUACCAUCUUUAAGUUGUAAAUGUUAAAGACUCUAACAUCUUCAAAAUAUGAGAAGCCAUUUAAUGUCACACUGAAUAAUUCUAUAAAUUAUUUGAGUUUGGUUCUGAAUCGGUAAAUGAUUUGUGCCAGUAGUCACGUUUUCAUCACCACUGAAUCAAAACCAUUAAAUACUAAUGAGCAGAUAAAUAAAACAAUGAAUACCAUAUAAGCCGACGUCAUCGAUCGAUUAAAAUGUAAUGAAUACUUGUUAUGUCAGGCUUGACGAGUGCAUGUGAAAAGUUUCAGGAUGAGGGGAGAGACUCCCUCACCAUACCGUUACGAUGGUCGUCUUGUGUCAUUUAGUUUUGGCCAUCUUUAAUGUCUUUUUCUUUCACAACUCCACAAAUACAUGGAUACCAACAACCCUUGUUUCUUAUUAAAAGAUGUUAACACAACACCAUGCACAGCUUUGUCCGAGCGUAACUUCUUGAGGCAUUUAUAGAUUGAUUAGCCCUGCGACGGACGUGUUCCAUUUGCUGCGCCCCAUUUGUGCUGACAGCCCCGUGACCGAAGGGUCGACACAGAGGAGCUGAGUUCCGCCGCUCUUGCAAGAUUCCUCUAGCACAAUCCUGCCACCGUGCUCGUGUGAGGUCCACUUCUGUUUACUCGAUUGUUUUUCAUCCAAACCACCAAGGUUUGCAAGGUAUGAAGAUGCUGACCGUGCGACAGGCCCUGCUCCUGACACUAGUGGUUGCUAUGACAGUCACGCCCAGCCGGGCUGGGUACCCCAGCGAGGACGAUGAGGAGUUGUGUGUCCAGGCCUGCGAGCGCUGCUUUAGCGUCAUGAAGUGGCCGCGGUUCUACAGCGCGUUCAAGUGCAAGGCUCAGUGCCUGGAUGACGUAAUGGAGGAUUACGUGGUUGGUGGCAGUUCUUGGGCUCUCUGCAAGGUGGCACUUCAGCAGAACCAUUUCGACUCAGCGGUGUGAUCUGGUGCAUGUGUGAGAAGGCGAAUGUCGUUCCACCCAACGACCUUGCGUUCUGCAACAGUACUGCAGCUGGCUUUUCGUAUACAUGUACAUUAUACGGAAAUACCAGGGGCCAUCUGGGCAAAUAUCAUGGCAUGACCUAACACUAUUCGCAUCAUUAUUUUCACUUCACAUUUUUCAUGCAUGAUGACUCGACAUGUUAUUUUGUGUUAUCUUUAGCAACACUAGUUGUUGCAAAGAUACCUUUGGUAGGUCAAGUGAUGUACGACGUCGUGUGUCGCUCUCAGUAAACUGUACGUUAUCGUGCUGUAA